UUGGUUUAUCAUAGCGUCACUCACAUUUGGCUAGUGCACUUGACCAUAUAAGCUCGCCUGCUUGGUUCUACUGCAGUCUGAAGCCAGCUAAGCAUUCUUCAGCUGUGAACAUUUGCGGUUUGUGCUGUCAAGAUGAGUGGUGUUGUGGUAAAGAACAUGUCCUUCAAGGUGGGCCAGACCCUGACCAUCACAGGGAUCCCUAACUCUGAGGCAGCACAUUUUGUCAUCAACGUGGGCAACAGCGAGGAUGACCUCGCCUUGCACAUGAACCCUCGCUUUGACGCCCACGGAGACACCCGGGCCGUGGUGUGUAAUUCCUACCAUGGAGGCAAGUGGUGUGAGGAGCACAGAGAGGGAGGAUUCCCCUUCAACCAGGGAGAGGAGUUUAAGAUAAAUAUCACCUUCACCAAGGAGCAGUUCCUAGUUUCUUUUCCCGACGGCUCUGAGAUCCACUUCCCCAAUCGCCAAGGAGACGAGAAGUAUAAAUACAUGCAGUUCGAGGGCGACGUCAGGAUCCAGGGCGUCGAGAUCAAGUAGACCAGUCGGAGUGGAGAAGAAUCCUCCAUUAGUCACUCAAUUGGAUCUUUAGCUUUCUUGUCUGGCUACUCAUUGGCUUUCCAGAGGUCCACACACAAGCCUUAUUCUCUGUUUUUUUACUCACUCACCAUAGUUUUAAGUUAGUUUUAAUGCUGCCAUUCCUAACCAACAGUGAAACCUGCAAGUAAAAUAUACAUUUUACAAUAGCAGCACAUUACAAGCUUGGAAGUGUUGAAAUGGUUUUAUUGAAGAUCAAUGUGUCUUUCAUUAAUGUGGAACAAUCAUUGCAGAUCAUUCCAGAAGUGGGUUAAGAAAAGUGCAAAGUAUUUGUUCAUUAAAAUGAUCUUUUUAUGAACCAUU